AUGACCAUUGGAUUUCAAGGCUAUGUUCAUUCAGAAUCUUGGACGUUUAAUAAUCCAGGAAUAUCAUAUAUCGGAUUCUCACCACAGUAUACCAGUGGACAAAGUCAACAUAUAGAGUUAAAAUUCCGAACUCGUCAGCCAAACGGAUUAUUGUUCCAUCAUUAUUUAUUACCAUUUGAUAAAAAUAAAUUUCCAUUGUUAUAUCAUUAUGAAUUAUAUGCUGAGAUACGAAAAGGAUAUUUACGUGUUGGACAUCAAGUUAAUCAGUAUUCACAAUUAUUAACACUAGGUCAAGGAUUAAAUGAUGACCAAUGGCAUUCCCUGUCCUGGGAUCUAGAUUCCUCAGAUGGGUUGAUGUCUGUUCAACUAGAUAAUGAAACUAAAAGUUUAUCUCUAGAAGUAUAUGGUUGGGGAUCAGGCAAAGAAAUAUUAAAAUGGUCUCAGCUGCCUUCCAUUAUUUCAUUUGGAGCAACAAAUAAGUCAGAGUCACAAGAAUUUUUCUAUUUUAUUGGAUGUUUAGCAGAUUUAAAAUAUUCACGUGAAGAUGGGAUUUUAAUAGCAAUACCGAUACAAAAAAUAUCCGGGGUAACGCAAGGAUGUAGUGAUUUAUGUACCGGCAGUAAUCCUUGUCAAAAUGGUGGACGGUGUAUUAAUAUGUAUACUACUACUAAAUGUGAUUGUUUUGGUACUAAUUAUGAAGGAUCAAAGUGUGAAAAUAAAGAAAUAUUAUUUUCAGUUGCAGAUUAUUUUGUGACACGCUUACACACAGGACCUAAUAGACAAACAGAAAGCUGUUCUUGUUCACCUAAAUCAGUUGGUUUGCUUGUUGAUUUAUCAGAGGCCAAUAUUAUAUAA